UUCAUCCACUUCUUGACUUGGCUUCAACCUGACAACACCGACAACACCAAUAUGAAGUUGGUGUUAGUGUUCGUGGGUGUGGCUCUCAUGGCGGUGUCAAGCUCCGCUAUGCCGGGUGGACGUGGAGGUGGCGGCGGCGGUUAUGGUGGAGAUAGUGGAGGCUAUGGUGGUGGAGGCUAUGGUGGUGGUGGCGGAGGUUUUGGGGGUGGUGGCGGCGGGGGAUACGGAGGAGGUGGCGGCUAUGGUGGAGGCGGUGGCGGCUAUGGAGGUGGUGGCAGAGGCGGCUAUGGUGGAGGCGGUGGCGGCUAUGGAGGUGGUGGCGGCUAUGGUGGUGGCGGCUAUGGAGGUGGCGGUGGCUAUGGUGGUAGCAGUGGCGGUAGUGGCGGCUAUGGCGGUGGUGGUGGUGCGUAUGGCGGAGGCGGUGGUUAUGGUGGUGGAGGCUAUGGUGGAGGCGGUCGCGGUGGUGGUGGCUAUGGUGGUGUUGGCUAUGGCGGUGGUGGCUAUGGCAGCGGCGGUGGCGGUGGCUAUGGCGGCGUCGGUGGUGGAAGCGGCGGCGGUGGCGGAUAUGGUGGUGGUGGGUAUGGGAAAUAACUCCAUUGCCACUGAAAUUAAGCAAGUAAAUAUUGUACCUUAUGAAGUGUUAGCCAGCCUGGUGUUUACAUUAUGUACACAUCAAAAACCCUUCAUUAUUCUCUGCACAAGAAUAUUAGUAGUCUGAGUUUGAUGUAAGGCUAUAUUAAAGUUCUUAAAUGGACUGUAGUACAAGAGAAAAGUAAUUACAAUGGAGGAAUAGUCAUGAGACGAUAACAAAUAUGCAAUACCUGUCUGUACUUGACAUCAUGUAAAAAAAAAGAAACAUACAAAAACAGAACAAAAUAAAAUACUCUUAUUUUA